CUAGUAGCUAGCCAGUAUCCCGAAAAAGAUAUUUGACCGGUUGCUUCCUCUCGGUUGAAGUGGUCCAAGCCAACACGAGCCUCAGGCUGCAUGGCUAUCUAUGGCUUUCCCAGCCAGCGUAAAUCCACACUGAUCAGAUUGGUUCGAUCAUCAUGAUGCGACCUGUUGCUUCCUUGUUGCUGCUAUUGCUAGCGAUUGGUAGUGUUGCGGUUGUCACUGCCGAUCUGAAUGUGUAUGGAGAGCCGUUGAAGGAAUGCAGCUCGGACGGCAUGGCCCGAACCGGAUUCACCCGUACUGGGAAAUGUAUGGAUAAGGACCGCGACACGGGAUCCCACAAUGUGUGCAUCGAUUUGACCUCGGCGCAAAACGGCAACUUUUGUACCGUCACAGGACAACCCAAUUGGUGCGACGAGGACAAGACUUGCCACGACGAAGAUCACAGCAGCAGCACCAAUAAUUGCCCCAUUGUGAAUUGGUGCGUCUGCGAAUGGGCGUUCAAAGGAUAUAUUGAACGAGCCGGUGGUUGCGAUCAGGUAUCGGAAGUGGAGUGUGAGAGUACCAACCAGAAGGUGGUGCUACACUACCAAACCGCCAUUGACAACAAUGAUGAUGCCGAAAAUGCUCAAGCCGCGCUCGAUUGCCUGAGAGCCAAGUGCGGACAGCAAAUCGGUUAGAUAUACCACCAUUGAAUGAAUCUACGAUAGUGAUGAUGAUUUUGACGUUUUCAUUUCCUCGUUGGUAUUAUUUUUGCUUGUGGGGUCCGCGA